AUGCGGCUGGUUACGUUUAUAACACUUGUUGGUCAGUCAUUGGAUACAGCAUCAAUACUGGCAAUAUUAUUACGUCAAGAUUAUCCAAAUUUAAUAUGUUAUUUAUAUGCACCACCUGGUGGUUUAUUAAGUAUGCCAGCAAUAUAUACACAAAAAUUUAUAAUAUCAACGAUUCUUGGUAAAGAUUUUGUACCACUUAUGGGUUUACGACAAAUGGAAUGUUUACGUGCUGAUGUUAUAAAUGCAUUGAGACAAAGUGCUGAUCUAAAAUGGAAAACAAUAUGUUCAGUUAUGUGUUGUGGUCGUAGUUCAAAACCAACAGCUAUAACUAAACUCGAAAAUGGUGGAUGUAUUGUUGAAUAUCAUAAAAAUAAAAAUCAAGCAAGAUUAUUAGUACCAAUUGAUACAGUUAUUUAUAAAACCACGUCAUUUACCAUUAUAUAUCCACCAGAAAAAACAAUAAGAAGCUGAUAUUGAGGAUGAUAGUUUU